UACCCGUCCACACCAACCCACCUUUUUCUCUUUCUUUCUCUCUCUAAAUCAGCGCACAGUAAAUUUAGCCCAAUUUUUUCCCACCCUCUAAGUUCGCCUUUCUUUGAUUCUCUCUUCUGUUGUCGUCCAUCGAUCCGACUGGUGAGGUUUAUUUUUGUAGGGAUCGGAGGUGGAUUAGGGAAAUUGGGGGUGAUUAAUUGAGGAAUUUUGAGGUGAAUUAUAAUUACAAGGAUUCGAAGAUGUUUUUGUUGGAUUGGUUCUACGGAAUAUUGGCCUCGCUAGGACUGUGGCAAAAGGAGGCUAAGAUCUUGUUUCUGGGCCUCGAUAAUGCCGGCAAAACCACCUUGCUUCAUAUGUUGAAAGAUGAGAGAUUGGUUCAACAUCAGCCAACGCAGUACCCGACGUCUGAGGAGCUGAGUAUUGGCCAAAUUAAGUUUAAGGCUUUUGACUUGGGAGGCCAUCAGAUCGCUCGCCGAGUCUGGAAAGAUUAUUAUGCCAAGGUGGAUGCAGUUGUUUAUCUCGUGGAUGCUUAUGACAAAGAAAGGUUUGCAGAAUCAAAGAAAGAGCUGGAUGCUCUAAUAAAUAUUGCAAUGGACCUUGCUUAUCUGAGACUAAAUCUCUGCUUAAAUGCAUUGAUAGGAUGGCCUCCAACUUCCUGUUUUUGA